AUGCUACCCGCAAUGCGCCCCUCGUUGACCGACCUGCCCACCGAGAUCCUCGAAGCCAUCUUCCUGCACCUCGAUCCCCAGGCGCUCUUGUCCGUAUCGCAGACCAACAAGCCCAUCAGAGCACUUGCCACCGACUCACCCAUCAUCUGGCGCCACCUGUGCCAAACCCGCUUCAAGACAUGGGACUCGCGCCACAACAUUGCCGCAAAGUACCGCGGCCCAUUGUCCAAUGUGGACUGGAAGGCCUUGUUCAUAACCAGGAUCGAAAUCGAAUGGAAAACCAAGACUCUCCUGAACCGAAUUCUCACAACACAGCACGAGCGCAUACGCUGCAUCAACGAGAUUGCAAACUUUGGAUAUGAUGCCAAAGAGACACUGCUGAGAGAAUGCGCCUGUCCAGAGGACGCCGACGAUGUCUUGGCGCGACGGUACUAUGCCAAUGCCAUACUGGAGCGCAUACACCGCGACAUCGCCAUCAAUGUUUGGAAAGACUUGCGUGACGGCGUCGACGUGCCGAUGGAAAGAGCGCUGGGCGCAUACGAUGUGUUUGCGAGAACGGGAGAAGACGUCGACACCGAUGUUGUGACUCAGGAUAUCGACCACUUGGCCCACGGCCUCCUCCAGCAAUAUCCCCAUUUUCGCCACAUGAACUCGAGAAGGAAGGCCUCAACAUUGGCCUCCUACCUCCGCGAUCAAGACUACACCGGCGUGCCAGACACCUCCUACCGCGCUCUACAAAACUCCUUUAUAGGCCUCGUCCUCCGCUCCCCCACGCACGAGUCCCUCCCCAUCGUCUCCGUAGCCAUCUAUUGCGCCGUGGCCCAGCGCCUCGGCCUCGAUGCCCGCCCUUGCGGCUUACUCUUCCACGUCUACACCAUUGUCUAUGCGCCCAAGAACUACAAUCUCGACGGCAAAUACAAGCCCACCAGCUCGGCAGAGCUCGACUACAUGUAUCUGGACCCCUUUCGCUCUUCCGACGAAGUCCGCCAAGACGACCUCCAACGCAUGCUCCGCAACAUGGGCGUCCCAUCCUCCAAACACAACACCUACCUCUCCUGCACCACGACCCGCGAAAUGGUCCUCCGCACUGCCCGCAACAUCAUGAACUCUGUGCAAACCAUCCGGCAAACCGAAGCGGGAACACGCAGCCUUCGACCCUCAUGGCUCACCAUACACCCAGACAUGGACAAUGCAUUCUACGCCACCAUCUGGGCCAUGCUGCUCCUCGAGUCCUCAGACGACCCCGCCACCGGCCGCCCGGACCCCAAUUCCCCUGUCGCCAUGCUGCGACGACGCCAAUACCUCCCGUACCUACUCGACCACUUCCAGACGCAUUACCCAUGGGACGUCACCUUGCUCUCUCGCUACGUGAUUCCCAUGUUUUGCAACCAGCCCGAGGGACACCGCUUGUCGCAGUUUGUCCAGAGUAUGCACCAGGUCGAUGCCAUGCCGAAGCGGGUCGUUCGGCGGAUAGCGCGCAGCAGGAAGGUGGCGUUCAAAGUCGGCCAGUUGUUUCAGCACAGGCGGUAUGGGUACGAGGGUGUGAUUACGGGCUGGGAUGUAGCCUGUGGUGCAGGCGAGGAAUGGAUUAUGAAUCAGGAUGUCGAUGGGUUGCCCCACGGUAGGGACCAGGCUUUUUAUCACGUGCUCGUCUGCGACAAAUCCGUCCGCUACGUCGCAGAAGAAAACAUCCGCCCUGUCGCUCCCCUCACACAGCCCUCGGAAGCCAUGCUCCGUCUGGCCGGCCGCCACUUUAAGCGCUGGGAUGCAGGGAACGGGAUCUUUGUGAGUAAUGUGCGCGACGAAUAUCCCGAUGAUUGA